UUGUUGAUAAUAUGUAUACAUAUAUUUCGCACGAGCCUCAUGACACUGAGAUAAUAUUGUGUUGUUAUUUGAAGUUAUUAUAAAUAAAAAAACAUCCAUUUUAUUUUUUUUUCUACAUAAUUAAAUGAAUCAGCUAUUAAAUAUGAAUAAUUUAAUAAAAGCGAUUAUUAAAAAAGAGUUUAGAAAUUGUGAACAUUUAGUAUUGAGGUUAUCUCGCAAUAUUAACUAUAAAUCAGGAAUAAUAAAUAAUAUGAUAGGAUCCACAAUAAAAUUCAAUUAUGUUAUUAAUGUUCGGACGAUUAACCAAUUUAAUAAUGAGGAAAGACAAUCCAUAGAACAAAACUUAUAUUGCAAUGAUGUAAAUAGAAAUAAUAGAAUUACAGAAAAUCAGUAUGCUCGUCAAUAUUUUCAAAAUUGUAUUUAUUUUAAUAAAACAAUUGUGCCAGAAAGAAAAUGUGAAGUAAUAGUUACGGACGAAAAAGCAGAACAAUUAUUAAACAAAGAUUGGUCGACAGUUGACAUCGUCGAAUUAGUUUCUGAUCUCAGGAUAUUGUCACAUAAUAUUAUAAAUAAAACUGAUCAUGAUUUUAACGAAAUAAGAUACGAACGUAUCUUCGAACCUUUAAAGAAAAAUAUUGAUAAUCUUUCAGGUAAUUUAUUAGAAGAAGUGUUAAUCAAUUUAUUACCAUUUCAUAAAUAUUUGAAAAAUACAAAAGAUUUUAAAGUUUUAAUUAAAUCGCUUGAUGUGUAUUGUGAAAAACAAUAUAAAUAUUGGCCUAUUGAUAAAAUGUUUUUAAUAGCUGAUACAUUUUAUUGUCUUAAUAUGUGUAAAUGCAGUCAUUUUAUAUGGAAAUUAUUGAGAAAAAUGAAUUCAAAGCUAAAUAAAUUAACAUCGAAAAAUUUAAUACAACUUAUGUUUUUUGUUAAUAUUAAACGUAAAACUCCAUUAAAUAUGUAUGAAGUAGAAGUCAUUUUAGAAGAACAUUUAAAUGAUUUUUCUAUAAAUGAAUUGGGUAUAAUAGCAAUGGGAUUUUUUAAAAGUAAGACAAGAAUAAGAAAUACUACAUUUUUGAAAGCGAUUAUAAAUCGUUUAAUCUGUGAAAUAAACAAAGUGGAUAAUAUCAGCCUAGCAGCUUUAUUAAAAUUGAUACGGUACAGCAUGAAUUAUGAUGAAAUGAUUAACUUAAAAAUGUUACUAGAUAGUAUUAUACCAAUUCUUCCAAGACUCAGUUUACAAUGUUUAGCUCAUAUAAUACAUAUUUAUGCUAAAGCACAUAUAUACGUGGAGUCAUUACUGGAUAUAGUUAUAACAAGGAUAUAUAAUGAAAUAAGGGAUGCAAGAUUGAAAGACAUAGAAAAAUUAACAUAUGCCUUAAAUACAUUCUCUGUUGACACUACACAUCCUAUAUAUGAUAAAAUAAUUGAGGAAAUUACUAGUCGUGUAUCUAAUGAUAACUCAGAGAUACUUAAGUACACAUGGAGGUAUGUUAAUAUAUUACGAUAUUUAGCAAGUACAGGUAUAUAUCCCCUCCAUUUGAUAAAAAUAGCAUUUGAUCCAUCUUAUACAAACUUAAGAACUAAUGAGUACAUACUUGGCUGGGAAUAUACUAUGUUAGAAUAUUGUCUAAAAACAGAAAAAUCUGAGUAUACUGGUCCAUUCCUUCCAGCAGGUAUUCUUCUAACUUCAACAAAGCGACAAUGGGCGAAAAUGGAUAAGGACACUAACUCCAUAGUACGCAAGAUAUUUAAUGAUGUUGUAUAUGUCUUGAAGGAAAUCAUUGUAAAUGAUAUAAAUUUAUAUACUGGUAGAAUAUUACCUCAUUUUCUACAAAAUCAUAUUAUAUUUGGUCUGGAUGAAAAUCAGAAUUUCAUCUCAGCUGAAUCAAUUUUAUCAAAAAUACCUGAUGUUGACAUCAAGAAAAUAAAUGAUACAUUUCCAAAAAAUGUAAAAUGGAUAGCACUUGUCAUAAUACAUUAUAAGCAUAUGCUUAGAGAAACUAAUAAACCAACAGGUAUUAUAAUGGCAAAACUAAGGCAAUUGAAACAUAUUGGAUACACACCUAUUCUAAUAAGAGGUGAUGAGUGGUUGAAAUAUACAAAUAUAACAGAGAAAGAGAAAUAUUUGAAAAAUCUUAUAACAAAUGCAUAAACUGUAUUUUUUCUAUUUUUAUCUUAUCUUUAUACAAAUUUAAUUUCAUUGAAAAAUUAAUGUUACAUUAAUAAUGUUAUGCUUAAUACUAUAUUUAUAAUAUGUGACCUAUUGUUUAAUAUAAUGUUCAUUUACUAUAAACUCGAUCAUUUCUUAGCAACUGAAUUCCAUGUGUUCUAUUUUUAUGAUGUGUUCCAUGUGUUUCCAUAUAUAUGAAAUUCCAUGUGUUCACAUAUAUAUGAAACAUAUAGCAUAUUAUAAAAUAAACCCUGUAUCACACCAUGUAUUAAGAAAUAAUUUUUUCUAAACAUAAUCGUUCCUAUGAUUUUUAAAAUUAUAGAAAGUGUUCUACAUUAAUAAGUAGUAAAAAUCUUUAAAUAGAAUAUAUUUAAUUCUUUGUUAUAAAUAAAAAGAAAAGAAGUAUAUGAUUUCAAGAUCAUGAUAUCUCAUUUCUGCAUUAUUAACAUUUUUAAAAAUUUCAAUCCAGCAUUUUCUAAUGAUUCUACUAUUUAUAAUAGUAUUACUCUGGAUCAUAGAUUUUCUGUAAAUCACAAAACUUUCGAAAUUUAAUACUAUACACAUAUUUUAUAUAUACAUAAAAUUGUACUAAGUAAUUAUCAUUAAUUUUGACUAAAUGUUUUCCCAUAAUAAUUUUGAUUAUAAAAUUGUCUAAGACACUGAAAUGAAAAAAGAUUUUUUUAAAUCUUAUAUGAUAUGAAAUAUGCUACUUCAAUUAAAACAUUAGAGAUAUUUUGAGAUGAUCAAGUUAAGCAGUAUAUUCUGUAUAUUAUUAUUAUUCUUCAUUUGUUCUCUUUUAAUAUAUCCUGAUGUAGUAACACACACAUAUAUAUAUAUAUAUAUACAUACAUUAACAAAUAGGAAUGAUAUAAAAGAAAGUUAAUUAUUAACAAAUCUGUGUAUUAGCUUUUUAGUAUAUUCAUAAGUUAUAAAUAACGUUGCAGUCGCUGGUAUUGUUCUUAUUAAAGUCGGUUUUAGGCCAUUAUACAAUGCCCCAAUUCCUUCCUGUUUUAUAAUAUCUUUCAUGACUACUAAGGCAGGUGUUUUUAGAUUUUGUACCUUCAUAAAUUAUAAUGUAAGAUUAAUAAAAAAUAUCAGAAUUAUUAAAUAUUGUUGGAAAAAAUCAUUGAAUAAGUCAAAAUAUAUAUUACUGACUUGUAUUCUACUUUUAACUACGUCUGCCGGAAAAAUUACAAGCCAGAGAACCGUACCACCAACAGCACCAGCUACCAUUGUUUUCU